GCUGGAUGGAGAUCCACAGUCAAGAGCUGCAGCUCAGUGCUGGAGUACAACAUUUCACAGGGAGCCCUGCAGAAGCAACACCUGUUUCGAGCCAGCCAAGAAAGACACAAGCACUUGUAUGUUGCUGCUUUGCUUGUGGAUCGUCAAUAAUCCUAAACCAGUGGACAUCUGCUGAGCCUCCUGAGAAUUCUGGAUAAUAGAUUUGGACGUCAAAAGUUUUUUUUUUCCUUUUUCUUUUUUCCUUUUUUUUUUUUGGAUUUAUCUCAGCCAACAACGUGAGAUUUCCCCCCUCCCCCUUUGCAGGAUUCAUGCUGAUGUAUGCAGUCUGUUAUAGAGUAAAAACAGCGCAUGCCUUUCUGGAGUCAGAAUCCAUAAAUCCUGACGUAGCCUGUGCAUCUUAAAAAAAAAAAAAUCCCUAUAACGCCUAGGUAUUUAAGUUGCUAUGGUCAUUCUUAUCUUAAACCAAAUGGAGAAACUACGGAUUUUUUUCUUUAUUACAGUUGGAUGGGCUGAAGACCGUAUUGCUUGCUAAGAGCUGGGGAUAUAUGCAUUUAUAUAGAUAUACACAUCUAUAUGUUUAUAAAUAUGUCAGUGUGUGAGUAUAAAGUGGUGGUUUCUUAGACUAACUGGUUUGACCUUGAACCUGUACCAGUCAAAACAGAAUAUUACUUUUAUUUAUGCAUUUAAUGGAUUGAAGAAAGAACAUUUUCUCUGUAACUGCGCUAGGGAGGGGAGAGGAGUGGAAUAUACCUAAUCUUAUAUCUCCUGGGUUUGGCACCAUCAUUAUUGUUUAUUCUCAUUCUCUAAAAGCAGAAUCUUCUGAUGGCUCCCUUAGGUGAAGUUGGGAACUAUUUCGGUGUGCAGGAUGCAGUACCCUUUGGGAAUGUGCCCGUUUUGCCGGUGGAUAGUCCGGUUUUGUUAAGUGACCACCUGGGUCAGUCUGAGGCAGGUGGGCUACCCAGGGGGCCUGCGGUCACGGACUUGGACCAUUUAAAGGGGAUCCUCAGGCGGAGGCAGCUAUACUGCAGGACUGGAUUUCAUUUAGAAAUCUUCCCCAAUGGUACUAUCCAGGGAACAAGGCAAGACCACAGCAGAUUUGGUAUACUGGAAUUUAUCAGUAUAGCAGUGGGCUUGGUCAGCAUCCGAGGAGUCGACAGUGGACUUUACCUUGGAAUGAAUGAGAAAGGAGAACUGUAUGGCUCGGUAACCCAUCUUAGGAUUUGGAUGGGCAGUUUUGCUGAAAGCUGGGUGCUGUUAGAUGGUGUUUCCCACAAGCACCAGCAUGGGGAAUGGGGCUGGAACUGCAACCCCCUCAGCAAGGAAAAAUUAACCCAGGAGUGUGUAUUCAGAGAGCAAUUUGAAGAAAACUGGUAUAACACAUAUUCAUCAAAUCUAUAUAAACAUGUGGACACUGGAAGACGAUACUACGUUGCGUUAAAUAAAGAUGGGACUCCAAGAGAAGGGACUAGGACUAAACGGCAUCAAAAAUUUACACAUUUUUUACCUAGACCAGUGGACCCUGAGAAAGUACCAGAACUAUAUAAGGAUAUUUUAAGCCAAAGUUGACAAAGACAAUUCCUUCACUUGAGCCCUUAAAAAGUAACCACUAUAAAGGUUUCAUGCGGUGGGUUCUUAUUGAUUAGCUGUGUCAUCACAUCAGCUCCACUGUUGCCAAACUUUGUCGCAUGCAUAAUGUAUGAUGGAGGCUUGGAUGGAACAUGCUGAUUUUGUUCUGCACUUAAAGGUUUGUCCUCCUGGAGGAGAGCCUAUGCCCACUCGCUUGAUUUAGUACGAGAGGGAGCGCGAGAGAGUGAGUGCGAGAGAGAGAGAAAGGGAGAGGAUGAAUGGGAGUGAGAGCGCGAGAGAGAGGACCCGAGGGGAGGAGGAGGGUGAGGAGGAGGAGGAAGGCCUGAUGCAUGCUGGGGAAUAGACACGCUUUUAAAUUUUUGAUCAGUUGUACUUCGUCAUAUAUCAGCAUAGCUGCCAUACUUCGAUUCAUCAGGAUUUUUGGCUGGUGGCCUGCUCAAGUGUACGCUGCAUUUACAAAGGCAUGGAGGGUGCAGUCUUACUUAAACAAGAGACUUUUCAGUUAAUCGCUCUCUGGGUCUCACCCCACUGAGUUUAAAGCAAAGACCUCUUAGUAAAAAAAAGAAAAAUAAAAAGUUAAAUUUAUUUAUAGAAAUUCCAAAGGCAACAUUUUAUUUAUUUUAUAUAUUUAUUUAUUAUAUAGAGUUUAUUUUUAAUGAAAUAUGUACAGGCCAGAUAGGCAUUUUGGAAGCUUUAGGCUCUGUAAGCAUUGAAAUGGCAAAGGCCACUAUGAACCUGUGGUAAAUUCAUGCAAGUAAAUAUAAAGGUGCAUGGAUAAAAAAAAAAAAGCCAACAAUAAAAAGGUAAUAAUAAUAAAUUCUAGUGACCCUCAUGUACUAAAGGCGACAAUCUCUUUUGUGCCCGUAUUAUUGUACAAGUAUGCACACCACUCAUGACACUGAGUCCUCACUCUUCUGACUGCUUGUUUCAUAGCUUACCCCAGAGGAUUAAAGAGAAAACUGGGUCUGCAACUUUUUUUUAUGUGUCUGUAAUAUUUCCUCUCUGAUAAAGUGACUUCUUACAUCAUUGUAAAUUUCACAGCUGUGGAAAAUAUAGGGGUUGGAAUAUAUUCUACAUGUUAAAACCUAUUGCAGAUUAUACCAAAGCUAAAUGAUAAAUAUGCUAUUUUUUUUUUCCUAAAGAGAAUGCCAGAAACAGCAUAAGUAAUACCAACAACAAUUAUACUAAUUUUAAGAUUCCACAAAGAACACAUAAAUAUUUCAGAGGGCAAGAACCAGGUUAACAGGAUCACUCUUGUAAACAUGUUUAUUUGUGCACUUGACUAUCUACUAUGAAAUUAUACAAGUUCCAUAGGGGUCAUUGUAAUACCUUUUAUGGAAAAUUGCUUUCAGUGUGAACUGUCAUAAUACAUGAUAUUAGCACCCUUCCUAAAGUAAAACUUGCAAAAUGAAACUAAUAAAUCUCUAUCAAUAAUGACAAUGAGGGGGACAGUAUUAGACUUAUUUUUAUUGUUUUUCCUAAAGUAUGCUCAAAUAUUCAUGAACCCUAGGUGAGGAAACAGUAUAUAAUAUUUAAGGGUAUGUAGCAUUUUAAGAUAAGCACACAAACACAUUGAUUAGCAGUUACCAUUUGGAAAUCAACUUUCACAAAGAGGCAUUUUUUUCCCUAAUAUGCUGAAGAAAAGGGGAAAAAAAAAAAAAAAGAGAAAAACACCUUGUUAAGAUCUAUAUGACAAAUGCAUUUUGUAGUUGUUCUACCCCUUAGGAUUUCAAUCCAGUGCCAUUAAGUUGAGUGUAGCCUUCACCAUUGGAUAUGUUGGGAGCAGGGCUGGUCCUGACGCCCUGGCUGUCUGCAUACGCACGGGGGCUCCUUUGGAGGAGUGAUGUAAAAGGUUGUAGCCUACUUGUAAUUUAGAAAUUUUUGCUCUACAGCACCCUUGUCCAUCUGAUUUAUAUGAUUUGAAACUUAUUUCUGUUCUGGAAUGACCUCUGGCUGGGUGUGCUGAACAAACGUUCCCUUUCCGUGCAGAAGCAGGUGGGAGGAGCCACGUCUCAACCGGCGAUAUCAGUGAUGGCAAACGCAACGUGGCGUUUUGUUGUGAUUGCUCACGGAUGAUAAAGAGACGUAAAUUACAUUAGUUGAUUUGUAGGGUACCUGUCUAGGGACUGUUAUUGCCUGGGAAUUUACAGCCUUCAGCUGCAGCCCAGGCGUUUGUGUCCCAGCCUUUGGGGCUGGGAUGGUUCGGCUGCUGUGCGUUGGUUGGGUGCCAGAUCAUUGGUGUGGGCGAUGCAGAGAACCUAGGAGAAGAAAAGGCACUCCUGGGCAGGACCAGGGCUCACUGCUCUGUGCUAAAUGCACCAAGCCCACCAUGAGGAAGGGAGGUUGCGACUCUCUGCUGUUUCAGUAAAUCUAACAUACACCAGGAAAUUAUUUGCAAAGGUUAAAAUGACUCUGAGUCGAGGCCGCAAUACUAGGCCACAGUUAAAGUCUUAAUGUUAAAUUGACUUGGAUUUUUUUAGUCAUAGGCUAAUCAUUACUACUAGUUAACAUGUUUUAUUUAAUUUAUUUUUUUUUUGUAUUUUUCUACAGAAAGGAUUAAACUCGAGAAAAAUGUUAUGAGUUUAUGGCAGUCCUUCUAAAUAAACUGUAACCGAUUUACUCGAAUAACCCGUAAUGGUGUGUAAAUACUGACUUUAUGUAAAUAUAGAAACGUGUAAUUUAACUUAGGCAUUAUCGCAAGACUGGAAGGCCCAGGAGCUGGCAGUUUGCCACUCCCUGCAGGUUCACUGGGUCAAAUUUGGCCUGUUUCGGGUAGCGAACAACAGAUUCUGUUCAGUCCCUUGUGUAAAAUGAGCUAUUUCUGUUUGGUUUUGGGUGGGGGAUGGGCAAACCCUUGGUCACCUGGGUGAUGCUCAGCUCCUUUGCCAGGAAGGUGUGAAGGGGUACGGACGCCCUCCUGCUCCUGCUGUGAUCCUGCUAAAACAGGGCUGCACAGAGCUGACACGGCAAAGCAGGGAGGCUUGCAGUGCCUCUCCUCCUGUGCUGUGGACCAACAGAAGUCUCCACCUUCUAGUGCUGCCCAUCUGGCACCUUUCUCGAGCUCUAAAAUUGACUUGAAGAAAAAUCUGAGGGAAAAAGAAAAGAACGAUUGGUGUUAUUUUUACUUGGUAUUCUGUAAUGGUGUGUAAAUACAUACAGAGUUCUGUAAUUUGUAUAAAUAUAUUGCUAUAGAAUUUUGAAAA